AUGGCUCCCAAGCCUUUUCUCGAGCCUCGCGAGGCAUAUCUACCGAAACCUGUUCCUAUAGGAGGAGAUAUUAUGUCGGUUAUGGUCUCCCUCGCUGCCUGUUCAAUAUUAGCUGUCUUUCUUUUCCAGAGAAUUACUGCCGUUAGAUCCUGGUCCAGGUUACCAUUUGUUGCUUGGCUCGUUCUAGUCAUCUACGUCGACUCCUAUGGUUUUGUUUUCACCUCUGCGAUCCUCCAACAGGUCUUCGGUGUCAACAGCAGCUUUAACAUUUGCCAUGGCGCUAUUUUGCUUUGCCUAAUAUGCUAUGUCACAACCAAGAUUGUGGGCUCUCCUGUCGACUGUACUGCGGAAGGGUUGGCUAAUGCGAGAAUAGCUUAUAUACGUCUUUCUUGUCGAGAAAGCUCAUGUUAUUCGAAGCUCUACUACACGAAGAAGAAAUUCGAAACUUUACUUGUUCAAUAUGAUCACACUUCUUGGUGGCUAUGGAGUGGUUGUCGUCCUCAACUUUAUCUAUCGCAUUGCCAGAAUUGUAAACGGAGAGUGCUUCAUCGGCAUGAAGAGCAUCUCUAUGAUUCCUCUUAUCGCUUUCGAUGCCGUCAUCUCUACUCAUUCAAGAAUCUUCCAAAGAGUCAUGCGAACUCCCGUCUCCGCAGUGUGGCCUUCCGUACUUUUGUUGGUGCUUGCUGUACCUUGACAAGCAGCAUAGUAAACUUGACUGUGUUAAUGGUUCUUAAUGGCGAGCCGGGUUGGGUGUGUUUAAUGUGUUGCAACAGUGACGUCCUCUUUUCGGCCAUUGUCGUUCAAUGGGUCACUUCUCGCGAUAGUGCUGGUUCUUCCAGUCAACCAGCUUCGGCUGCUGUUACGGAUGGCAGCUACAUUGGCAGACGUGCCUCGUCGGCUCAUCCAAGAAGUCUGCAUGCUUCGAACGUUCCCAACGUUCCUCGCGACGUUGAUGACGAGACUUCUCUUGUCGGACAUGCUACCGUCACCUCUUUGACAGAUGACCCUGGCUUCGAGAUGACCAAAGUUCAUUCUGGGGCUACAAGUGGUGUUAUAGUUACGACGACAAUUCACCGUGAGAGCCGGCCUACGACGGAACGAAAGGAGAGCAGCGACGAUGACGACGAUAUCGGGAUCGAAUCAGACCAAGACUUUCCGGUGCGAUCGGUGGCUUUUGCUCCAGGCCACACAGAAGCCGCAGAGCCACCUCGAACGCGAAUCCAAGGAGGCUCCAGGCAGCAUCAUCAUUCCAAGACACCUUCGUUCUCACGUCCGUUGAACAAGUAG